AUGGGAAUGUUUGACUUAGGCCAUGGGUUAUUGUUGCAUCUUCUCUCUCAACUGCUGUUGCUGCUUCUAAUCAAACCAUCAGACGCCACAGAAUUGGCUUCGAACCAAAAGAGAACGGGUGAAGUUGCAGGGUUGCUAGCCUUCAAGAGAUCCUCUGUUGAAUCUGAUCCAAAUGACUUCUUAGCCAGCUGGACAGUCAAUUCCUCUAUUCCAUGCUCAUGGGUUGGCGUUUCUUGCUCUCUUGACGGCCAUGUAACAGCCCUCAACCUCAAUAACGCCGGUCUUAUUGGCAGCCUACAUCUCCCUCACCUCACUGCUGCCUUGCCAUUUCUCAGGCAUCUUAGUCUCCAAGGCAAUUCAUUCUCUGCUGGUAAUCUCUCUGCCUCCACUGCUACUCCUUGCGCUCUUGAGUUUCUUGAUCUCUCCUCCAACAACAUCUCUGAUCCUCUCCCAUCAAAUUCCAUCAUUUUGUUGUGUGAUCGUCUGGCUUAUGUUAAUCUCUCUUACAAUUCUAUUCCUGGUGGCACUCUCCAAUUUGGUCCUUCUUUGCUGCAGCUUGACGUCUCUCGCAAUCGUAUCUCUGAUUCGACCUUAUUGAACUAUUCUCUCUAUAGCUGCCAGAACUUGAAUCUUCUUAAUUUCUCAGAUAACAUACUCACAGGUCAACUUAAAGCUACUCUAGUUUCUUGCAGGAAUUCUCCAUCGUCUCUCAAGCAUCUAGAUCUCUCUCACAACAACUUUUCUGGCAACUUCUCCCGUCUGGACUUUGGGAAUUGCAGCAAUCUUUCUUUGCUCAGUUUGUCACAAAACAGACUUUUUGGAACUGGGUUUCCAAAUAGCAUGAGCAACUGCGAGGUCUUGGAGACACUGGACCUCUCCCAUAAUGAGCUGCAAUUAUCAAUUCCUGGUGCCUUGCUGGGAAGGUUGAAGAAUUUGAGGCAGCUAUCUCUCGCUGAAAAUCAAUUCUUUGGAGAUAUUCCUCCUGAGUUAGCACAGAUCUGUGGGAAUCUGCAGGAUCUGGAUCUAUCAGCGAAUAAACUUACUGGUGGCUUGCCGCUGAAUUUUAUAUCAUGUUCUUCUUUGGAGAGUCUUAACCUUGGCAAUAAUCACCUCUCAGGAGAUUUUCUCGCUACUGUUGUCAGUAAUCUUCAAAAUCUGAAAUAUCUUUUUGUACCAUUCAACAACAUAACUGGUCCUGUGCCGCUAUCUCUCACAAAUUGUACUCAAAUUCAAGUGCUUGACCUUAGUUCUAAUGGCUUUACUGGGAGGAUCCCUUCUGAGUUCUGCUCCUUCUCAAACCCCUCUAAGCUGCAGAAAAUACUUCUGGCCAACAAUUACCUAUCAGGGGAGGUGCCUUCAGAGAUUGGAAACUGCAAAAACCUGAGAAUAAUUGAUUUUAGUUUCAACCAUCUGCAUGGUCUGAUUCCCCGCGAGAUUUGGACCCUGCCCAGUCUUUCUGACUUGAUUAUGUGGGCAAAUAACCUUAUAGGUGAAAUUCCAGAAGGUCUUUGCAUGAAUGGAAGCAAUCUUGAGACAUUGAUUCUCAACAACAAUCUCAUCACUGGAAGCAUUCCACAGUCCAUUGGCAGUUGCACAGAUAUGAUUUGGAUUUCACUUUUCAGCAACCAACUUACUGGGGAAAUCCCUCCCAGUAUUGGAAAUCUGGGUAACCUUGCUAUACUCCAACUGGGUAGCAAUUCACUCACUAGACAAAUACCACCAGAGCUUGGCAAGUGUCAAAGCCUCAUAUGGCUUGACUUGAACAGCAACAACCUUACCGGCCCCCUCCCGCCUGAGCUUGCAGACCAAGUUGGACUAAUUGUUCCUGGAAUUUUUUCCGGAAAGCAGUUUGCAUUUGUAAGAAAUGAAGGUGAGACAUCUUGUAAAGAAGCUCCAUUGCUUAUUGAAUUUGAGGGGAUUCGAGCAGAGAGUCUAGAAAAUUUUCCUAUGGUACACUCGUGUCCAACCACCAGAAUUUACUCUGGCAAGACAAUUUAUACAUUUGAUAGCAAUGGCAGCAUGGUAUACCUUAAUCUCGCUUACAAUUCCCUGUCAGGGAAUAUCCCUGACAAGUUUGGUUCCAUGAACUAUUUGCAGGUCCUAAACUUGGGCCACAACAAGAUAACUGGAAAUAUUCCUGAUACUUUUGGAGGUUUGAAAGAAAUUGGUGUUCUGGAUCUUUCUCAUAAUAAUCUUCAAGGAUUUAUCCCAGCAUCUUUAGGGACUGUCUCAUUUCUUAGUGAUCUGGAUGUCUCUUACAACAAUCUCUCUGGUCCAAUCCCUAGUGGUGGUCAGCUUACCACGUUCCCAGCAUCCAGAUAUGAGAACAAUGCUGGCCUUUGUGGGGUCCCAUUGUCCCCUUGUGGCUUUGCAGGCAGCUCCCCAAAUUCUUACUUGCGACAAGAGAAGCAGUCUUUGAUAGAAGAAAUGGGUUUUGGCGUCCAAUUCUUUCUCACAUUCUCGGUCGCAUUUUUUAUCAGUUUCUUGGUCGCAUUUUUCAUCAGCAUCAAAAUGGGCAACGGCAAGGGGAAGACUGGAAGAGCACCUUGA